CCGCGCGCCCCCGCCGCCCCGUGCACGCGCUGCGCGGCCGCGAGCGGCAUGGGGGCCGUGCUGCGCUCCGCGCGGCCGCUGCAGCUCACGCUGGCGAUGCUGAAGCCCGACGCCGUGGCCCACCCGUUGGUGCUCGAGGCCGUGCAUGAGACCAUCCUGAAUAACAAAUUUCUCAUCGUGCGGACCAAGGAGCUGAUGUGGAGAAGGGAAGAUAGCCAGCGAUUUUACCAGGAGCACUCAGGGCGAUUUUUCUAUCAGAGGCUGGUGGAGUUCAUGGCCAGUGGCCCAAUGCGGGCUUAUAUCCUAGCCCAUGAAGAUGCUGUUGCACGCUGGAGGUCUCUCAUGGGACCCACCAAAGUGUACCGAGCCCGAAACACCGCUCCAGACUCCAUCCGAGGAGCCUAUGGCCUCACUGACACGAGAAACACCACACAUGGCUCAGGGUCUGAAUCAACUCAGGAAGGGGACCUGGUGUCCGUGGAGCCAGUUCGGUGGUGAAUUCUGCUCAGCGCACAGCUCUGGUCAAUAAAGCAAACCAGAUGUUAGGGUGCAUAAGGCACGGAAUGGAGGAUCAUAUGGAAAAUAUUCUAAUGCCUUUAUAUAGAUCAAUGGCAGCUUUCUCUGGACACUGGGAUUGUUACCCGGAAGAGGAGACAAAUGAGAGGGGACACAACCUGGAGCUUUCUGAGCCCAGAAGCAAUUCUCUCCCUGUUUCUGAUGUUCAGUCCAUGCACAGCUGGAUUAAUUUGGGUUCCUGUGCAGGUCACACCACAUCUGCAUGGCCUUUCCCUGUUCUCCACGGGUGCAGGCAGCUGCUUACACAGGAAUACAAACCUCUUGCACUCUGAGGCUAUGUCUACACAAGAGAGCCUACAGCAGCGCAACUGUACCAAUGCAGCUGCACCGUGAAGUUCUCUCAUGUAGCUGCUCUAAGCCGAGGGGAGAGAGCUCUCCCGUCAAUGUAAUUAAUCCACCCCCAGUAAGCAGCGGUAGCACGUUGGCAGGAGACGCUCUCUUAGCAACAUAGUGCUCUCCACACCGGCGCUUCUGUCUGUGAAACUUAUGUCGCUCGGUGGUUUAGUCACACCCUGUAACGAUGCGGCCUUGGGCGGGACACAACUGAGGGUAUCAAUUCAGGACAAAUUGCUCAGAGCAGGGCAGUCACAGCCUAAAGCUGGGUUUCUUCCACUACCAAGGCACCAAACCAGCCAAACAGAGGACUUCGGUCUCACCCCACUGGCUAACCAGACGUCACCCAAGCAAUUCCCUCAGACACUAGUUUCCCAGUAUUACCACCAGCGCCACUCCUUAUGGGGACGAAUGGUUAUGAAAACCAAUACCCCAGUAAAAGAAAAAAGGUUCUCCCGAUCCCAAAGGACCAAGCCCCAGAUCCAGGUCAAUAUACAAGUAAGAUCUCGCCUACAAAUCACGCUGUUGCCAAUCCUUCAGAAUCUAAAAUCUAAAGGUUUAUUCAUAAAAAGAAAGAACCAUAGAUGAGUUAAAAUUGGUUGAAUGGAAUCAAUUACAUAUGUAACCCUUCUGCCCGCCUGAGUUGGCAGCAACAAGGGCCGGGUUCAGUAUCUAGGGAUCAAUAACACAAUGCAAAAUAGGCUCGAGCCCCCACCCAGUGACCUGGGACAAUUACAUACCACCCUCCUGGGUGCCUCUAGGAGGCAAUACUUCCCCUCUCGCAAGCACAGAGUCUGAGCGUAGCAAAAUCCUUUUAAUAAAGGAGGGAAACAAUGCGGCAUUAUGUUGGGGAAACACCACAAACAGGAUUCAUAACACAAACCAUGAGCAAAAGGCCCACCCCCAAGUAAGUUCUAGCCUUUUCCCCUCAGGGUCUUAAGUCCAGCAACCCCAAAAUCACCCAAAAGUCCAACAACCCAAAAGUCUCCAUCCCUGGUCAAUGCAGCCCCAGAGUUCAAAAGUUUAUCUGCAGAGUUUUACCUCCCAGCCUGGUGGGGGGGGAGGGCACGCAGCGGUGUUAAGGGGCACCUUACAUGGUUUGAGGCUGACUGCCCUGCGUUUCCAUGGGGUUCUGCUGCAGCCUUCACCACCAGCCGCUCCGCUCCACCAGCCAUCCUGUGAGCUGCUCCAGCUGUUCUGUGAACUUCUCCACCAGCCACUCUGCUGCACCAGUCGUCCUGUGUGCCGCUCCAGUCAUCCUUCAAACUGCUCUGCUCCGCCAGCUGCUCAGCAACAUAUCUUCAGCCCCCCCACAGCACUCAGUGAUUUCAGCUCUUAGUAAUUUUAGCUCUUUAGUGAUUUCAGCUUGUAGUAGGGGAGCCUCAGUGCUGGUGCACCAUUGGCCCAAAGUGAAUUCAGCUCAGCAGCCUAUAACUAGACUCCUAAUGGAAUUAAAAUUAGCUCUGAUAUUCCACAAUAGAGAGAGGAAGAAGGUAGGAGGGAUAGCUCAGUGGUUUGAGCAUUGGCUUGCUAAACCUAGGGUUGUGAGUUCAAUCCUUGAGGGGGUCAUUUAGGGAUCUGGGGCAAAAAUCUGUCUGGGGAUUGGUCCUGCUUUGAGCAGGGGGUUGGACUAAGUGACCUCCUGAGGUCCCUUCCAACCCUGAUAUCCUAGGUACAAUUGGUAUUUCAGGCCCUCAAAAUGGGCCCAUACCAUCAGGUGCAAAUGCCUCUCUCAAUUCACUGGGUUUUGGAGCCCAUGUCCCUUGUCUAGAAAGUCCCUCUGUCAUAAAACAGUUUCAUUGUCCUUGAUUCACAUAAUCAGGGUAACAACAGUUCAUUCUUCCUGCCCCAAUAACAGAGAAACUGGGGAUCCCACAGCAGCCCAAGUGCCCAUUUGGGCUGCUGUGCGCUCAUGCCAGGUGGGGUGGGUGUGCCUAUGCAAACAAGAUCAGCCCCUGAAGUUCUUUUCCACAAUUCACCACCAGAUGUCAGGGUAGAGCUCAUCCUGACUCUGCUUACAGUGAUGGCAAAGUUCUUGGUUCAGGCUUGUAGCAGUGAUGGAAUAAACUGCACGCUCAGAUCAAAUCUCUGGAACAGCCACAGCUGGGAUGGGUCAUUCAGUCCUUUGUUCAGAGCUUCAGUUUGUAGCAAAGUUCCUCCUUUGUACAAGAUUUGGUGCAACCAUAGGACCUUGGUUGCAACAAUGAUCUAUACGGUCACAGUUCAUGUCAAUAACAUCACACACCCCUGAGUGAUGUACGUUAGUGCAACAUAAGUGGUAGUAUAGACAUGGCCUGAAAAUCCCCACUACAACUCCAGCUUCCUUCAGAGCUCCAUGCCCAGGCCUGCAUGGAAGUUGGGUGGUGUGGGAUCUCACACAUGCCCUGGCUUGUGGUUCACUGUCUGGCCCUGUCCUGUGGUCUUACACACACGACCUGGGCCAGUGCUUACUGCACACCCUGAGGUCUCUCUCUCUCUCUCUCCCUGCCCUGAGGUCUCGUCCUUGCUGACAUGCAGGGUCAGCACUCACUGCACACCCUGCUGUGGUGUCUCACCUGCGUCCUUGCCCCUUUGCAACUCUGCUCUGGGUAGCGUGAUGACCCUGGAGACCAGCACCGGGGAGGGAGCAUUCAUCCUGCUGGGGCUCUAAUUGCAGCUGGUGAUGCAGCAGCUCCUGUUCGUGGUGCUAUAUACCUCGGAAGCUGGCUGGAAAUGGGAUGAUCAUGGGGGGAUCCUCGCAGACUGGCACCUACAUUUGCCCACAUACUUCUUCCUCAUCACCCUCUCCCUGCUGGACGUCUGCUUCACCUUCCACGUGAUGCCCAGCUGGUGGCCAACCUACUGUGAGCAGGAGCCCCCAGCGCCUCCUGCCAGCAUGCAGCCCAGAGGUACCUCUCGCUGUCCUUGAGCUUGGCUCAUUGCUGCUGGUGACCGUCAAGGGCCUGUGUGGCCAUCUACUGCCCCCUGUACUAGGUCUUCAUCGUGAGCCGCCUGUCUGCCCGCAGCCAGCACCUGGCUGUGCAACUUCCUCUUUGUGAUUGUGCGCAUGGUACUCACCCUGCUGCUGCCUGUCAGCAGCCUUUCCGAGAUCCCCCACUUCCUGCGGUAGAUGCCAGCCGUGAUAAGGAUCCCAUAAGGCAGUCUGUUCCAUUGCCCCCUCUUCUCACAGUUACGAAGUUUUUCCUGAUAUUUAAUCUAAAUCUGCCAUGCUGUAAUGUGAACCCAUUGCCUCUUGUCCUGCCCUCUGUGGCAAGAGAGAACCAUUUUUCUCCAUCUUUUUUAUGGCAGCCUUUCAAGUAUUUGAAGACCGCUAUCAUGUCCCCCUCAAUCUCCUCUUUUCCAGACUAAACAUACGCAGUUCCUUCAGCUUUGCUCAUCUUUGUCGUUCGCCUCUGGAUCCUUUCCAGUUUCUCUACAUCCUUUCUAUACAUUGGUCACCAAAAUUAGACACAUUACUCCAGCUGAGGCCUAACCAGUGCUGAAUAGAACAGUACUAUCACCUCCGUGACUUGCAUGCUCUGCCUUCGUUAAUGAAACCUAAAAUUGCAUUUGCUUUUUUUGCAACAGCAUCACAUUGCUGACUCAUGCUGAGGUUGUGAUCCACCAUAACUCCCAGAUCCUUCUCAGCAGUGCUACUGCCAAGCCAGUUCCCCCAAUUCUGUAUUUGUACAUGAUAAUGUUUUUAAGAACAUAAAAGAUUGUUACAAGGAGGAGGGAGAAAAAGUAUUCUAGUUAACCUCUGAGGAUAAGACAGGAAGCAAUUGGCUUAAAUAGCAGCAAAGGUGGUUUAGGUUGGACAUCAGAAAAAAACACUUCCUGUCAGGAUAGUUAAGCAUUGGAGGUUGGGGAAUCUCCAUCAGUGGAGGUUAUUUAAGAGCAGGUUAGACAAAUACCUGUCAGAGCUGCUCUAGAUAAUAGUCCUGCCUCAGUGCACGGCCCUGGGCUAGAUGACCUAGUUAGCUCCCUUCCAGUUCUAUGAUUUCUAUGAUAAGGUCAGUUCCUGAAGACUUUCUCCCUAGCUCAUCACUAGAUGUCAGGGGACAGCUCAUUCAGAUCCUGCUUACAGGACUAACUCAUUCUGUCUUGUUUUUGCACCUUUUCCCCAUCAACAUUUAUUGUUAUAAGUGACUAAGAGUCCUGUGG